UUGGGAACAGUCAAGGUGAUUCAAGAAGAAGCAGUUCAACCUUUUGUUGAUGUCAUUGAAACAGCUCCAUCUUCUUCUGCAGUUCACUCAGAUGACAGCAGUUCUUUAGCUUCAAAUGACACUAUACUCCUCUCCUCCCCUGAAUCCUUCUCAUCGCGAACAAAACAAUGGCCAGCCAACUUUCCCAUUCCCAUGUUUUCGUAUGACACUGAACGUCAGCUACAGAAGGGGAAUUCUGAGUAUCAGGCAAAAAACAAAAUAUUGACAGUCACCCCACGAAUGAAGACUGACAUCCUAAAUAGAUUAGUAGAAGAGAUCUACAGAUACAGAGCCUAUCCAGAGGACGCACAGUUCUGUGUAGUUGCAGAGGCCUUGAUUAAAAAACAUCCAUGUUUAAAAGAGCCUGGUUCAUUCAAUGGUUGCUACGGUUGGAAACAAAGGCUGAAGUACAAAAUGGGAAACUACAGGACUCUACUCAAGUUUCAGGGAUGUCCAGAAUUGUCUGUUAACGCACUUAAAUCCAAAGCCAGUACUUCAGUGUUUCCCGCUGCAAAAAUAAAGAAGCCAAGACGAGCUGAAGCCAACUUCUAUCCUUCCUUUCCAGUGGGAGAAACACAAGAAAGUAUGGAAAAAGAGAGAAUUGAACUCUUGACAGCAAUCAAAAGGAGGAACAAUGACAAGGUCAUUGCGGAGAAAAUGGCUCAUACCUUUGCCUACAGGCGUCAGGAGGUGGUGAAUGAAGAACCUGGCAUAGAGGAUUUCAAGGACAGAUGGCCUGCCCUGUUCCAACAGAAAGAGAUUAAUGCGGAGUUCCUGAGACUCAUGGCUCUUCCCCUUGAGCAGACUUUCUUUGCCCAGUUGGACAGGCUCUCAAGUCAGCUGAUUAAAGUCAUCAAAGCCAAGGGAGGAGCAACACGUGCAAAAAUAGCUGGAAUCAUGAGAAUCUAUGAUGAGGUGGAGGACAUUGGGAUUCGAAGGGAAUGUGUUCUGAAAGGGCUCAUCACCUUUCUUGGAGAGGAUCCAGAAGACCUUAUUAAGGAAUACAGUGGCAGCUGUGGAGAUGAUGCCCAGAUGGAUCUCAAACAACUCACCCUGGCAAUAUUUGUGAUUCGGAAGAAGGGAGAGGGAUUGGAAGAAUCCCCAGAAGACAUUGGCAUUGUCAUUGAGGGAGUGGAGGUGUUGCAUGACCUGACUUCAGUUGCCUCAGCAUGUGCCCUGCUUCUGGGUUUGAUAUAUGCCCUUAACCUGGCUUAUCCGAAGCCUCUGCGCUUCACAUUUGAAGUGUUUCAAAAAAUCUUCAUGCAACUUGACCAACACAAAAUGUCUCCUAAAGUUCAGAAUUUGUUUGGAAGACUUCAGACCUCUCAGUAAAGACAAUUGUAUGUUGUGCAAAAUGACAGAUUAUUUUCUGUCUUUGUUUGAACAUGAGGGGGCUGUGUUUUGGAAGCUUAACCUCAAGGGACUGAACUUUUUGAAUUUCUUUUGGGACAUUGUGCAUAUUAAAGCCACAGCAUUAGUAGGCUGCUGUAGUAUUGUUCACAGACACUUUCACAGUGUUUUUUCAUAUUUUUUUUUCAAUUUGGAUUAAGCAGUGCUUAAUGUUUACUAUUCUGUUCUGAUGUCAGUUAACUUAAGUAUCGGAGAUGGUUUAAAUGCUGCAAGCCAUGACCCCACAACCUUGUUUGAAAGCAUGUAGAUGUUAUUGCUUGUUUUCAGUUUGUUCUUGAAGAUGUUAAAAACAGACACACAUGUUCUUACAUUUUAUGUAAAAACAGUUUAGGGAUUGAGAAUGUUGAUUUCCUUUAUUUUAGGAGGACUUGUGGUAAAUCUGAAAAACAUUGUUUUUCAGAGGAAUACAUCUGGAUUCUACAAGCUCACACAGGGAUGUCCAAAGUUUGUCCUGGAGAGCCAUCAAUGUGCAAAUGUCAGAUGGACUAUUUCAAUACCACCUUGCUGAAUUUACACACCAGCAGACACUCAGCUGAGCAGAGGCAUAGUAAUGAGCACUUAAUUUUAUUUGGAGAUUGGAUUCAUCUGAAAGUUGGAGGAUGGUAGCUCUCCAGAACUGGACUUGGGGUACCCCAUGUUCAGUUUACUAAAAAGCUAACUCAAUUAAGCAGACAAGCAAAAGAUCUGUGUAGUAUGUUCAGUGCAAAAUGUGUUGUGAAAAAUC